UGGAAGUAAUUUCCGCUCAAAAUGGCAGCGCUAGCGUCCUUGAUGCUGAAGUCCCGAGCAGGUCUGCUGGCUCCUCACCAGUCCUUCCUCCUGGACUCUGUGAGGUUUGCGUCAAAGAAGGCCGGUGGCAGCUCCAAGAACUUGGGUGGAAAUAGUCCUGGUCGCAGAUACGGCUUCAAGAAACAGGAUGGUAACUUCGUCCACGCUGGUAACAUCCUGGCAACACAGGGGGCGAUGAGGUAUCACCCAGGAGCUCACGUGGGGAUGGGAACCAACAAGACUCUGUUUGCUCUGGAGGACGGACAAGUCAGGUUCACGAAGGAGAUUUUCGUCCCAGCGCCACGCAGCCAAAAGUCGACGCGUGUCAUCACCAGACUGCCCAAAGUAGCUCUGCUCUACAAAACCUUCAUCAACGUCGUGCCGCUCAAACAGGAGGGCAAAUUUAAACUGGUGGACAUGGUGUGAACGUGGACUCGGCUAGGACACUAUUUAUGUCGAUCACGGAACAUCACGUGGAUCCUGGAGGGACUUUGACAGCAUGAGGUUCGGUCUGUCAGUAAAAAACAAAAAAUAAUGACGCUCACGUCCACCAGGAGGCUCCACCUUCUCCUCACUUUCCCCGAAACAUCAUUUGUGCCAUUAUUAAGACGCUUCAUACACUCUCUGGACAUGAAAAACCUUAAAGAACAUGUGCUGAGUCAUCACAGUCGUUACUUACUGAUUAAAUUCAAUUCACUGUAUUGAAAAUAAAGUUUUUAUGUGUAA